UUGAACACAGGUGCCAUGCGCGUGGGAAGUAGUAGGGCAGCGAUGCAAGAAGGCGAGAAGCGAACUGUCAGCAAACCUGCUUGGCAACUGUGUCCGAGGGGCUGGCCAAGGUCUCCCGACCACCCGCUUGCCAGUCGGUACCCUCCAGUUGUGAGUUGCGGGUUGAGUACUACGAUCGGAACCGCCAAGACGGAGCAGCAGCAGCAGCAGCAGCAGGGCGCUGCCCCCAGCUUGCCCCCCACUUCGGAGUGUUCCUCGCCACCGGGCUCUCCCACGCCCACUGGCUACCAAACCUCUGCUCCGAGCUCACGCGAAGGUUCUCCGACUCCAAGAAGGAAAGUGCGCCGGACCCCCCUAGGAAAAGUGUCUGGUAGUGGCAUGAUAGAGGUUGUGCCAGGCAAGGCACCGCAGGGCACCGCGAUGUGGCGACCUCGACCGGACUCUUCUAGAGACUCAGCCGUCCCUCCUUGGGCUGAUCCGAAUGCACAGGCCCCUCCGCCGCCCUCCCAGGUAUAUAACCCCCUAUCGCCUACAUCUCAAAGGCGACAAAUGAAGCUUUCCGCGCCCACGUCGUCAGCCGUGGAGGCCAACCCAUCUCCAAAGCAUUUCAACCGCCCGACUCCAGGCGCCAGUCCCGUCAUGGCCCGAAGAUCACUUUCCCGCAACAGUGGCCCGCACAGGGCCCGUUCCGUGGACUCCAUCGCUCGAACACCUCCCUGGGCUGACCACAAGCUGCGCCACACCCCAAGGACUGAGUCACCUCUCAGUGCCUCGACAAAAGCUAAGGCAACGUCUUCUACGUCUCUUGAAAAAGCUGAAGAAUUUACUGUUGUCUCCGCUUCUUCUGAGACCCACGUCACAGUUCGAGAACAACAGUCUGCGGUGGAGCUGACUAUCGGGUGUCCUGCGCCGGGUGUCGGCUCUCAUGGAGUCGUUAAUGGAACCCAGCAGCUGCCUUCCCCAUUGGUCAGUCCCACUCCCUCUGCCGAAAGCCAGCCCGUCCCUGGCAGCCUGUCGCAGGAACAGAGUUCCCCCACUCCUUGGCGUAAGCAGCGGGCAGCGGGUGCCAACGUCACCCCCGCACACCAGCAGCAACCCGCACAUCCACCUGCUGCCAGUGCUGCCCCUGACAGUGUGCUCACCACUACUGGUGCCAUUACAACCCCGGCCUCCCAGCAGGCACCCUGGAGAAAAGGAAGAGGGGAAACUGUCCAGUUAUCACAGAGUUCUUCUGACAAACCAGCUUCUAUUGCGCCGGAAACUGCCAGACAAGAGGGAACAGGAACAAAUUCACAGCCUAAUUGGCGAAAACAGAAAACAAAAUCUCGACCAUCAGACACAUCUAAAGUAUCUACUGCUGCACAAUCUCAAGCGCUAUCUUCCGCUGGUGCUACGACUUCCCAACCUAUUCCCUCUGCCACGGUUGAUGGUAGUGCUUCUAAGACGACUCUUCAUCAAGUUUCAGUCACAUCUAGUGCCACUUCUUCAGCGUCUACUGAAGCUGCAAGCAAAUCUACUCAACAAAUACCGUCUGUGGGCCAAACUGUAGCAGAUACGUCUGUCAUUACGUCAACUAUCUCUUCCCACCAGUCAGCCAGCCAAUCUGCACAUUCUGUUAAUGUGGUAAACACUAAAAAAUCCAUCGUCUCUGCUAGUACUUCCUCCUCUGUUGUCACAUCUAAAGGCGAACGAAACGCUAUUUCCCAGGCAGACAGUUCGCAAAUAUCGGCAAGUUCGACCGCAGUCUCCACACCGCCCUCCAGCACUGCCGCCGAUCUCACUCCUACCAAAGGGCCUGGAGGGUCUGGAACUGAACCCCCGGUAGGACCUCCUGAGCCUCCUCAAAGAAGCGACUCAAGCGGAGCGUCUGUCAAGAACAAGCGCGACUUCCCUUCCACACCGACUCUAACAUCUUCCCCUGUAGCAGCUGCACCCAGACACUCUGCGGCAGGGCACACCAGUGACACUCAAAUAAAUAAACCUGAUAGUGUUCCUGGCACUUCGCAAGUACCGUUACCACCUAAAGAAAUUGUGGGUACACUAUCCCAGUCCACGCCAAGCCAGGUUAGGGAUAGUUUCUCGCCCACACCCACUAUGCCCAUCCCGACGCCACCUCCUGAGCCCAGUGCCAAUCUGGUGAAGGCUGGCGGAGUGACGCAAUCACCCCAAACAGCGCCUGGGGAUAAGAGCAGCGAGACAACACCCCAAACAGAUUAUACCGCAGCAAUGAAAGAUCCCGGUCCUCUGCCGCCGCCGCCACCGGUUACUGACAUGUCUUUGGAGAGCAUCGAGGCUAACCCGACCUUCCCGCCACCUCCCGCCUCCAUACAGGAUGAGAGAAUGAGAGGACUUCCCCCACCAAUGCGGGAACUGCCGAAGGAAGAAUUAGGCCCCGAGAAUGAGGAGUACGUGCGAGAAUCUGUAACAAAACGUAUCAAAGCCUUCGAGAAGCAGGCGUCGGAGGAAGAGCAGCCUGCCCUUGAACGACGCCAGCAUGUCGCCCGCCCUGUUGCUCCUUGGGUGAAGAAAACGUCCGCUGGUCCCGUCCAGCACGAUACCUACUGGGACAUGACUUCCCCUGAGGAGCGCACUGAUGGCAUUCCUGUCCCACCCGUCCAGGCCUCGACCCCUGCCCCGGCACCCGCUCCCGCCCCGCCUCCGCCUCCCCCGCCGGCUCAAACGAAACUCGAGCGUACGAUGUCCCCCACGAGGCCUGCACAGACCAAGGCCCCUGUCUCUGCCUCCCCUCCCGGCCCAGCAGUCCGGUUCAGCCCCUGCCCUCCGAAGAGCCAGCCCGGUGGUGUUGUCAAGAGCCUCUCCACCAGCCGGCCGCGCGUCGUGCCACAGCGUCAGAGGUCCGUUUCUACAGGGGACUACAUCGCUAAUUACAUCAUCCCAGACGAUCUCUGCAAGAUGCCAGCUGAAGGAUCUGCGCCCAUAGCAACAGAGCCAAUACUGCCCCCAUCCCCAGUGAAGGAAGAACCUUUGUUUGAUCCCUGGUGUGACCCGGCGAAUCCUCGCACCAUCACCUUUCAGGAUGUUAGUGCAGCAGCUUUCAAGAUUAAGUCUGGCAUUAUGAAUACCCCAUGCACCCGCUCUCAUCUCUCCAACGUCACUGACAUGGAAAUAUUUUUCAAGAAGGAGUUCAACCAGUGCACUGGCAGCUUCAAGGAACGUGGUGCACGUUACACACUCCUUAUGCUCACUCCAGAACAACAGAAAAAGGGUGUCAUUGCUGCAUCAGCUGGCAAUCAUGCACUGGCCCUGUCCUACCAUGGGCAGGACCUUGGCAUUCCCGUCACUGUGGUGAUGCCCUUGGUGGCCCCCAUUAUGAAGGUACAGGCAUGUCGGCAGCACGGGGCCAACGUCAUUGUCAGAGGGAAAGACAUUGGAGAAUGUAGGGAACAUGCUCUCAGACUCUCCAAGGAGCAGGAUCUCCUUUACAUUAAUGGAUAUGACCACCCUCACAUCAUUGCGGGCCAGGGCACAAUGGGUCUGGAGAUCGUUGAGCAAGUGCCCAACAUUGAUGCAGUGGUCAUCCCAGUGGGUGGCGGUGGCCUUAUAGCAGGUGUGGCCUUGGCUGUGAAGGCGCUCUAUCCACAUGUUAAAGUCAUAGGUGUGGAGUCUGAGCGGUGUGCAAGCUUCAGUGGUGCCAUGAGAGCAGGCAAACCUGUGUAUGUUAAGGCAGAGUCCACUCUGGCAGAUGGUCUGGCUGUCCCAAAAGUUGGCGUCAAUGCCUUUGCCACAGCAUGUCAACUUGUUGAUAAGGUGGUAACAGUGAAAGAGGAGUGGAUUGCUAUUUCCAUCUUGCGUCUGGUAGAGGGUGAGAAGGCAGUGGUAGAGGGAGCUGGAGCCACAGCUCUUGCUGCCAUCCUUGCUGGGGAACUUCAGGAACUAAAAGGCAAAAGGGUGGUCAUCCCACUGUGUGGAGGCAACAUUGACACCACUGUGCUGGGUCGGUGUCUGGAGCGUGGUCUAGCAGCUGAUGGACGAUUGGUCAAAUUUACUGUGACAGUCAGUGACCGACCUGGAGGUAUCGCGGAGCUGACACGAUUGCUAGCCAACCUCGGCGUUUCCAUCAAGGACAUGGUACAUGAGCGAGCAUGGAUCAGGAGUGACAUCUUCAGUGUAGAGGUGAAGGUGCUGUGUGAAACCAGAGAUAAGGAACACUCGGAGGAGCUGCGCAACGCUCUCCUACAGCGCUACAAGAUACUCCGCUUCGGCAGUCAGUCUCCUCCUGGGGCGAUGGGCCAGUAACUCUCUUUUGAUCUUCUUUCUUCUUGAGGUGAAGGUAAUGGCCGAGACCAGGGACUAUGAACAUUGGCUGGAGCUGAAGUCUGCACUUGAACAGCGAUACAAAAGACUGCGCUUCGCUCUGCCUGAUCUUGUGCAUGAUAGCACGCCCUCUUACCCUUAGUCAGUCCAUUACACCACCGCAUCCUUUGUAUUUGUAGUGUGCCUCCAAGACUGCAGCAUUCAAUUUAUGACGGACUGUCUUUCCCAUGGUGGACUCCCAUAUGAAUGAAUAUUAUUUUUGAAUUAGGCAUUUUCACCAUGGGAUGAUAGGUGAUAAGUAUAGCACGUAAUUAAAGAACAGCGAGGCUUGGGAAUGUGUAGGGGCUGGUCCACCACACUAGUCUACUCUCAUUUAUCUCGUUAACAAUGUUAGUAGUGUCUCUUUAGCUUCUUACCUUAUCACAUACUGAGCUUAAGACAAUCACUGUUACUGCAGCAAUAAUUCUGUGCUAUGAUGUGUUAAUGAAAAUUUUAAAAGUAUCAUCUUCAUGAAAUGUGCUCGUGUGGGAGCGAAAGCUGAGUCAGGACAGGGACAGCUGUGUGGAAGGGGAUUUGGGGAAGAACCAAGGGAGAGUUAAAGGUGGGCAGCCACGGAAUAAAGUGUGGGCAAGUGGCAUGCCUAGAGUAGCAAGGGAAGGGAGGUGUACUGGGCAGUGGGGACAUGCACACGCUUUUGUUGUGAGGGAUUAGUAUAUUGGAAUGUAUAUAUAAAAUUAAUGAUGAUGAUGAUGAUGAUGAUAAUAAUAAUAAUAAUAAUAAUAAUAAUAAUAAUAAUGAUUUAUAACAUGAUUUUUUUUUUGUUCUUUUGUUGCGAGAUGUAUAUACGGGAUUGAUUAUAGAUAUUUUCGUAAUUAUAUAUCGAAAAAGAAUGCCCUUGUCAUUUGAUCAGUCGAGGCAAUGCUACAUGAUUACGUGUUACCCAGCCGACAGUCACGCUGGGGCUGGUGAGUCAUGUACGCAUCUCUUCUUGCACUCAGUUUGUAUUGAAACACAGUGAAAAGUCAUUUACUAAGAACUUCAAGUUUGGGAAAGAAACUGGGCUAGAAGUUAAGGUUUAAUUAUCUUGCCUUCGGUCAGAACGAAAAAGCAGCAGACGCGGAGGCGGAGAGGGUGGGGAGUGAGCAGGCAGGUAGGUAGGUGGAGGGUUGGUAGCGCAGGUCAGCAGGAAUGAUGAGACCAGGAUGGUAGGUGAGAGGGUGAGGCUGUGAGAGAUGUACUUAAGUCAUUCACACUGCUGCUUUCUUGGCUUGCCCCAUCACGACGGCAAUAUUAUGUUAUUAGGUUUCCAUUGGUCGUAUUCUAUUUUCAUGUAGUAUUUUGAAUAAAGUCUCAUUCCA